AUUUCACAGUAGUGAUGUUGUAUGUGUAGACAGAGGAUGGAGGACUAUUGGCCCCCGUUGACAUAGACAUGUGGCCUGAUGAAACUACCCAAUCUGACCAGACACAUACUCAACCACAUGAGCGCUCCAACCAGCAUGAAGAUUUGUGUGUGUGUGUGUGUGUGUAUCUGUGAACAUGUCUGAAAACAUUCACGAGAGAGAGAGUCCAUGUUAAAGGUGAAGUAAUAUGAAUGUGAGUGGCAUGGAUGUGUACAACAUGUCUGAGGAGGAAGUGAUUAACUGCACCAUCAGUCAUGAGAUCCACCAGUACGUCUUCUCCUGUGUCUAUAUCCUUGUACUAUUGAUCGGUGUUCCCUCCAACUUGUACUCUCUGUACCACGCUGCUGUACAGCUGAAGCAGAAGAAUGAGCUGGGAGUUUAUUUAAUGAAUCUCACCGUGUCUGACCUGUUAUACCUGGCGUCGUUACCAAUGUGGCUCCAGUACAUCUUUCAGGAUGAUGAUUGGCAACACAGGGAAUGGUUGUGUAAGCUGUGUGGCUUCCUGCUCUACGAGAACAUCUACAUCAGCAUUGGUUUCCUGUGCUGCAUCAGUCUGGAUCGCUACCUGGCUGUGGUCCAUCCUUUAAGGUUCAGCUCUCUCCGCUCCAUGAAUGCAGCGUGGCUUGUUAGCGCAAUCAUCUGGCUGAAGGAGAUCGCAGUAGGCGUGGUUUUCUUCCGCCACAAAGAACUGAGCAGAGACCGCAAGAACCAAUCGGUGUGUUUCGAGCACUACCCCAUGCAGCCGUGGGAGUACCCGAUCAACUACUACCGCUUCACCAUUGGCUUCAUGUUCCCACUGGCCAUUUUAUCGAUCAGCUACCUGUGCGUCCUUCGGGCCGUGGGUCGGAGCGCCGGGACACAGCUGGUUCAGAAGAUAAGGAUCAGGCAGUUAGUCAGCAGCACCAUUCUCAUCUUCCUUGUCUUUUUCUCGCCGUACCAUGUCUUCUUGUUAGUGCGCACCCUGCUGGAGCGGGACUGCAACUUUAUUGCAGGAGUAUUUAACUACUACCACCUGUCGUUGCUGCUGACCACCCUGAACUGCGUCGCCGACCCUGCUCUCUACUGCUUCGUCAGCGAAAGUGCCCGCCGCGGCCUGUACAGAGCCAUUAUCCGACCCUUUGCCAGGAUAUUCUGUUGCUGCUGUCGCCGUGGCAACGUGAGCCCUGCCAAUCCAGCCAGAGAUUCCCAUGAGGUCGCCGUCGACGAGUACAACGGCCAGCCAACUGUGACGCUGCUCACACACACCAGCACGUUCAGUAACAUAAAAGCAGACCCCGCCUGCAAUAACACACUUUUAAUCACACAGACUGAUGAAAAAACUGUAAUGCCCUUAAUUAACACAAAUGAAAAAUAUGUGCUCGGUGAUGGAAAGCCCAGCUGUGUGAUAGCCAUGGAGGAGCAGAGCCAAAAGACAGAGAGGACUGAGGAGACUGACAAAAGCAUCAACUAAAGUGAUCCAGGAAGCGAUCAGGAACUGUGCUAGCCGGCCUCAGGGCAGACUGACUCCCUCACCACAUCUUAGUCUGAGAAUCGGACUGAGCUUCUCAUGUCACGUGACCAGGGUAUUCAUUCAUGUUGGAACAUAUAUCACCUGGGCUCUAUCCUAAUGUCCAGCAGGUGUCCACCGCUGGAUUAAAGCAGCAGCUGGCUGAAUUGGUAAUAAUAAAUUUUGGCAAGACAUUUAUUUACACUCUCGGUUGUUGUUAUUACUGGUUUAUUAAUGAGUAAAAAGUAAAGUUUAUUAGUUAUUAUCAGUUAGAAAGUAUAACUUCUAAAGCCUCCGUGGCGGCGACAGCCACAGGCAUAUUGUUUUCAGGUCUGUCCCAUUCUUGUGGACACGUUAUCUCAGUAACACCUUGAUGGAACUUCUUCAGA